GGCAUGACUGAGCUUUCGAGCGGCAUAGCAUGCACAGCACCGCUGCUUGACGAAAAAAUGAGCGUUGGUAGGCCGGUUCCAUACGCGCAAGUAAAGGUGGCGGAUUUGAACACUCGAAGAGCUCUUGGACCGUAUCAACGCGGAGAAAUAUGUGUGAAGAGUCCCUGCGCCUUCAAGGGCUACCUCAAUAAGCCGAAGGACACAGCUGACGCCUACGAGAAUGGCUUCGUUCGUACAGGCGAUGUUGGCUACUAUUCGGCCGAUGGACGCAUUUUCCUGUGCGGCCGCCUGAAAGAGCUUAUAAAGUGCAUGGACCAUCAAGUGGCACCCGAGGAGAUCGAAGAGGUGCUGGCCGCCGACCCGGAAGUACGCCAGGUGGUUGUGGCCGGGGUUCCUCACCUGGAGUACGAAGAGGCCGCUCGGGCAUUUGUUGUCCCGCAGCGUCGUCUGGAGGAAGCACUCACAGAGCAGCAGGAAGCUGACAGGCUCAAGGAGCUGGUGGCAGUGCGCUUGUCUUACCAUAAGCAUCUGCACGGAGGUGUAGAAUUUCUGGAUAGCAUCCCGGAGACAGAAAUCGGCAAACAUCCACGCACUUUCCUGAGAGAUGCGUUCGUACAACGGCAAAAAGACGACACAGGUGGCCACGGAGGAGUGACACGGGAAGAGGGUUAAUCAUCUAACACUUCCACGUUAUUCCAUGCUGCAGCCAGCGCUGUUCUGUUGUCGCACCUCUGGAUACUAAGAUUCGACUGGUCAGUAUAGCGCUU